CUUACAUCGGCUCAUUUCAUCGUACGACUCCACAGUGGACACUAGACCUGAGUGCUUUCAACAUGCCCACAAGAGCUUUGAUCUUACUUACUGUGACCUGUUUCUUUGUAAAGGCUGACUCAGAUGAAAACAUUUAUUCGGACAAUGGCUGGAGACCCAUGUCAAAUGAAAAAGUAUUUGCAUUACAAAGAAAUUUCAUUAAAACUCCGAUACAAAUACGCAAUUUACCAGGAAAUUCGGUGGAUAAUGUAUUUCAAAGGAACGCUAUAAAAAUAGUAAAACCAAGUGUUGUUCAUCUGAAUAAGGAAUCAAUCAAAGAGCAAGAAGCCAUUUUUUCUUUACGAAAAGAAAUUGAAAAGAACGAGAGAGCUUUUGAAGGUUCAACUAAAUCACCAACCACAAACAUGACACAGAAGACUUAUUACGAAGAAUUUAAAUUAGCACGAAAAGCUAAAAAUAUUGCAGAAUCAGAUGUCAUUUUACUAACAGAAAAUGUAUUAAGCAAUCCGAUCCAACAUAAUGCUGAGGAAAAAAAUAAAACGAAGAAGAGGAAGAUUUCGUCUUUACGUAACGGCACAUAUGACGUCCAUGAAAGUUUAGAGCAAGAUAAUAUAAUAACAAACGAAAAUAAUUUCAAAUCAAGCGUUAGGAAUGGACACAGAUACGAAAGACCUAAGCUUGAAGCGAAACAAAAAAAAAAUUUAACAUCUAACCUUUUUAAUAUUCUUGCGAAUUACAAUAUUCGAACCGAUGACAAAUUGCCAAAUUAUGCCUUAUCUUUAAGACAAAACAGUCGAAAUUCAAAUAACAACGAGUUCGUAUAUAUGCAUGUUCCUAUAAAAAUUCCGUUUAAGUACAAUAGCCCGAAUCAUCUCCCUAUUGAUCCUUUGCUGGCCGUUUUUCUUUCUAACUAUGGACAUUACUUGCCAAGACAGUAUGGAUUUCAAAGAAGCUACGCAAAUCUUUAUGGAUAUUUAGCUUCUAACAAUAUUCAUAAUAAUAAUCCCUAUGGUUCUUAUAAAAUAUUUUCAGAUACAGAUUCAUCACAUUGAC